AUGAAUAAGAUUGAGGAUGAACAUCAGAUAAUCAUGAGAUAGAUUCAAGGAGUAUCUUUUGCCUCUGAAAUGCAUGAUAGAGAUGAAAAGCAAAUCCACAAAGACUUGGUUAGAAUAAUUGUGAAUGAGGAUCGAAAAUUGAAAGCCAAAAGAACUUUAUUUAGUCUGGCAAACUCAAUCCUUAUUGUGUUAUCCAUAUACAACAUGGUAUCAUUGGUAAAUAUAGAGGCCUAUCAUUCAUUCAUAUACUUCGAAGAAUUACAAUAGGACCCAGAUAACUUUGGGAUCCUCUAUUACUUGGUGUUGAUAGACAUCAUUCAUUUUUUGAGAAUCAUAAAUUGUUGUAAUGGGAUAUUCGGAGCAGAACUCAAAUCUCAAAAAAUAGUCACUUUUUAUUUGAUAUUUUCAUCAUUUCUUUUUUUGUGUCGCAGCGUUCUGACAAUCAUUACAAUAAUCAGUUACUCAUAGAUUCGAAAGUUAUGCGCUUAAUUUUUUUUAGAUGAGGAUGCAGAUAGUCUGGCUCUCAAUUAUUGUCUAGUGAUGGCAUCAUUCCUGAUUUUGGAUGCUCUGUUCACAAUGAUCUGUAUUGUUUAAGGAUCAAACAAUAGAGAGAACCAGUAAAUUUCUAAUGAACUACGACAAAAGAUUCAGAGGAAGUACUUCAUUUGCUAUGAAAAUGCUUUAAAUUCAUUUUUUUGA